AUGGUCGCUCGACUGCGCAGUCUUACCGACAGUGAUGACCACCUCGAGAGAGCUCGACUAUUGGCGCAGCGGAGUCUUCAAUAUCGCAGCGACCUCCCCGUUGAGGGCGUUGCGGACGAGCGCCUAAACGAGAUGUUGGAAGUGAACAAUUCGAAGAUUCGGCAAAUUAAAAAUGUAUUGGAGAGGACUGGCGUACUAGGACAGGAUUCUGAGCGGUUGAUUAGAACCAUCGAAGUGUACAAGGAACGCACCUAUCCUCGGUUGCGAGACUCCAUCGUCGAGGACCAAACCUUGUUCGUUGCUGGAUACAUUAAAGACCUCCAAGGUUGGACAUAUCCGGUAUCGGAAGGAGCGAGCUCGUUAUCUUCCCGCGUCGCUGAGCUCUUGAAGCUCGGUCGCCAUGCUGACGAGGAUGCAGUCAUUGCUGCUGUCCGAGAUAUGUCGAAUCAGGGACAUGCACAGGAAUUGCUCUUCUCCCAGUCACUGCCGGCACCCCAGGGUUUCGAAGACUUGAAUGCCCUGAAAGUCGCGUAUCAGACAACGAGUUCCGCCGCAGACGAGAAGGCUAUCACCCUCCUUUCUCGCAAGAUCGAGAAGGGCGCGAGAGGCAACGAGAUCAUCAAAGACGCCCAGGAGCUGCUGAAGGAGGCGGAGGCGGUUGUGAAUGGUGAAAUCCGCGCUUCGUGA